AUGAUGAUCAGUAUUUAUGGAGCUCUCUGGCACGUCGUCCUGUCUCACCUCCUUCCGGCUGUCUGCUCCACGGAUCGGCGAUGUGGACUUCACGUCUCGGAGCUCGAGGGCUUCUCGCAGCCGGGGGAUAUAAUGAUGGGGCUGAUGCUGCCGCUGCACGCCGACAAAGUUUACCAACAGAUCUCGUUCAAUGAAAGACCACCCAAGGUCGCGUGUACCGUGAUCUACUAUGAAGGCUACCAGGGACUCCAGACCUUGAGGUUCGCUCUGGAUGAAAUAAAUGGAAACCCAGAUAUCCUCCCUAACGUCACACUUGGCUUCCAAGCAUAUGAUUCUUGUAGAGUUCUGAGGCUGGAUUUAGAAGGAUCGUUACGAUUAGUAACAGGAGAUGAUGGCGUCAUCCCCAAUUACCGAUGUCUUGGAGAAGUUCCGCUCGCUGCCGUAAUAGGACACGCCACGUCCACUCACUCGGUCCUCCUGGCUCAUAUUCUGGGACUCUACAGAUACCCGCAGAUCAGUUACUUAGCAACCAGUCCAGUCCUUAGCGAUCGAACCAAAUUUCACUCCUUCUUCAGGACCGUCCCCAGUGAUGUCUUCCAGUCCCACGGACUAGCCCAGUUGGUGCUACAUUUUGGUUGGACCUGGGUUGGGCUUUUAGCGGCUGACAAUGAUUAUGGCCAGCAGGGAAUUCAGAUGGUCAAACAGCACCUAGUCAAAGCUGGAGUAUGCGUGGCCUUCUCUGAGAACAUUCUUCCGAGUCAACCAGACCGCAAUGCUCCUCACAUAGUCAAAGUAAUGAAGAGGUCAACAGCUACGGCCGUGGUUAUCUACUCUUCCGCUAUUGAUAUGAUUACAAUUAUGGAUGAGAUGCUACGGCAGAACAUCACAAAUAAGAUACUUGUGGCUACUGAAGCUUGGUCCACAUCCACUCUAAUCUCCUUAGGAAGGUUUUCUGGUCUUCUUUCUGGAUCUUUGUCUGCAAUAAAAGAGUGCACAGGAGAAGAAAGUCUAGAAAACAUAAGGAACAGUUACAAUGAUAUCUCCAAUUUGAGAAGUGCUUAUAGCAUCUACUCUGCAGUCUAUGCUGUGGCCAAUGCAUUGGAAGAUCUAAGAAAGUGUGCUAAGGGAAAAGGCCCAUUCUCACAUGGAGAGUGUGCAGACAUUUGGGAUUUCAAGCCAUGGCAUAUGCUGCACUAUAUGAAAAAUGUUAGGAUCAUGUUGAACAAUGGGAGGACGCUUUAUUUUGAUAAGAAUGGAGACCCACCAGCUGUCUAUGACAUUGUAAAUUUGCAGUUGAGUCCAGAAGGUGCCAUACAAUAUGUCAAGGUGGGCAGUUAUGAUACAGCAGCAGCGUUUGGUCAAGUCUUCAGCAUCAACAGGAGUGACAUAAAAUGGGCAACUAAGGACCAACAGGUUCCUGUCUCGGUCUGCAGUCAAAGCUGUCCGCCUGGUUUUUGGAAGGCAGUGAAGGAAGGAGAACCUGUCUGCUGCUUCCAGUGUCUACCUUGUCCUCAAGGGGAGAUUUCCAAUCGUACAGAUUCGAUUGAGUGCAUCAAGUGUCCAUGGGAUAAGUGGCCAAAUCAUCUGAAAACCAACUGUCUACCAAAGGCUAUAGAGUACCUCUCCUAUGAAGAUGAGUUGGGGACGACACUGGCUGGCACCAGCAUCAUGUCUUCUUUAGUUCCUGUUGUCAUCUUGAGAAUUCUCAUACGUUAUAAAACCACCCCAAUUGUGAAAGCCAAUAACUAUUCUCUUAGUUGUCUUCUUCUAGUCUCAUUGUCCUUUUGCUUCCUUUGCUCUCUGGCAUUCAUUGGUUACCCUCAGCCUGAGAAAUGUCUUCUACGUCAGCCUGCAUUUGGCAUGAUUUUUUCCCUCUGCAUCUCAUGCAUAUUAGCCAAGACUAUCAUGGUGGUUGGUGCCUUCUUGGCUACAAAACCAGGAAGUUAUCUGAAGAAAUGGACAAGCCCUCGGAUGUCUUACCUGAUAAUUGCUGUCUGCUGUCUUCUACAAUUCACCUUGUGCAUUACUUGGUUGUUUGUUGUUCCUCCCUACCCAGAAUAUAACACUAUAACCCGACCGGGACUCAUCAGUCUUGAAUGUAAUGAAGGUUCUCCUGUUGCCUUUUGGUCCAUGUUGGGGUAUCUUGGUCUCCUGGCCAGUACAAGUUUUUUUGUUGCUUUCCUGUCCCGUAGGCUCCCCGACAGCUUCAAUGAAGCAACAUAUAUCACGUUCAGCAUGCUCGCUUUCCUCAGUGUUUGGUUUUCUUUUAUCCCUGCUUCUCUGAGCUCAAGAGGAAAGUAUACCCAAGCCAUGGAAGUGUUUGCCAUCCUGGCUUCCAGUUGGGCUCUGGUGUUCUGCAUGUUUGUCCCUAAGUGUUUAAUUGUAUUGUUUAGGCCAAACAUGAACUCCAGAAAAUAUCUCAUGUCGAAAGACAGAGGUCACAUUGGCUAG